GAUCAUUGGAUUUGAGUUCUUCCGCCACAACGAGAAGCCGAUCGGCCGAUCGGCCUUUGCCCUAAUGUCCGAUCGAUCGUCUGAGCCUCUAUUCUUUCUUUCUUCCUUCUCCUCGCGUGCGCAGCCUUCCCCUGAUCCGUGAUGACGGAACUACCAUUCGUGCCCAGGGAGAGGCUUCUGAAGCAUCAGCAAUAUUUUCAGCACGUUCAUAGGCAUACGUAUUUGAAAGGACGUUUCGAUAAAAUAACGUCUGUCGCAAUCCCUCUAGCACUGGCAGGCUCUUGCUUGGCCCUCAUUGGACGUGGGGUUUACAACAUGUCCAAUGGAAUUGGUAAGCAGGCUUGAUUGGUUUAAGUUUUAAUGAGGUUUUGCAUCCGACAUGGCAUUGGAAAGGUUUGUGGUCAUUUAUAAUAAUUGUUAGUUUGAGAAGUGCAUCUUUGGUUGUUCUUAUUGUUUCUACAGAAGCCAGAGUACUUUGCUGAGUUUACAGCAUGAAAAAGGUUACGGUGACUACUAUGUCGUUUGUUUGAAAAUAUUGGGAGUUUGGGAACUUAUUUUUGAUAAACUUCUCUUCGUUUUACACUGGUAAAUUACCAAUGGUGAUCUUUAAAUUA